AUGUCCACUCUUAUAUCAAUAUUAAUUUCAUUGAGCCUGAUAGAUUUUUUCAAUAUUCUUUUUAUUCUGUUGAUUUUCUAUGCCCUUCAAUUUUACAUUGAUUACUUUACACGUGAAAAUCCACUUCCCGGUCCAUUUCCUUUACCGCUCAUCGGAAGUAUAUACCAAAUGCAAGAUGGAAUGGAACAUUGGUUGCCACAUCUUCAUAAGAAAUACGGUGACAUAUUUGAAGUCUGGUUCGGACCAACACGUAAAAUAUUUUUGAGCAAAUCGGAACUAAUUGAAAAGCUUACAAUGAAAUCAACAAAGAGCAAUUUUCUUUUACAUUAUAUCAUUGGCUCAAAUAAAGGAUUAGACCUUUACGCUGAUCCACAAAGAGGAAUGUUUUUUAACGGAAAUAUUCCGCAUUGGAGAUCAACUCGUAGAGUGAUAGAUAAUCUAUUAAUGUCACCCAAUUUUCAGCGUGAGACUUUAAAAAAAUCGCAAAUUUAUUUUGCGGAGAUGGAAGAAUACUGGAAACUACUUGGAUAUGAUAACGCUUUACUUUUAUCCGCAUGGGCAAAGAACUUUUUAACAGAUUUAAUGUACGAUUUGAAUGUUGGAAGGCGCUGCUCUUUUAUGGCGAGGUAUUUCAAUUCACUUGCAAAUUCAGGAAAAAAGGAAAUACCAACCGAAGAAUUGAAAUUUUGUGAUGAUCACGAACAUGGAGAUUCAGUUAUAGAAGAAGCGCUCAUGUUCUUUUUUACGUCAUCCGAAUUGGUAUGGCGAUAUCUUUUCGCUCGUCGUACUCAACGAUAUAUUAAAUCUCGCGAGACUUGGCAAAGAGCUUAUGAAAAACUUAUUCAUCAACGUCUUGAUCAACGAGCACAAAUUGGUUACGACUCUAAGUUAAAACCGGAUGCAUUGAAUCUACUUCUCGACUUGAAAGAAAAAUCUGUAUUGAAUAAAAAAGAUAAUCGCGGCGACAAUUUUCACAUGGAUGAAGAAGAUAUUCGGGUCACAUUACGAGAGAUUAUGCAGGCCUCUGCAACUAUGGCCGGUAUUUUCGGUUUUAUUAUAGAAUAUAUUGGACGAAUUCUCAGAGUUAAGGAGCAAGUCGAAAAAGAAAUUCGAGAUCAUGCAAGUUCAAAAACUAAUACAAUAAAUAUUGAAGAACUUGCUCAAUUUAAAUAUAUCGAGGCGGUAAUCUGGGAAGUUCUUCGCGUAAGAUCCAUGUAUAUGAUCGAAAGAGCAAAUACUCAGGAAGAAACAAUCGGCGGAUACAAAUGGAAACCAGGCACCAGAUUUUGUGUCAACAUUCAACCAAUUCAUUUCAAUCCGGAUGCCUGGCAAGAUCCCAACGAAUUUAGGCCAGAGAGAUUCUUGAACAGGGAGAUUAAAAAUCCAAAUAUUUAUAUCCCUUUUGGUAUGGGAUUGCGAGAAUGUCCCGGACGAUUGGUAACAAUGACUACCUUGAAAGCGAUGAUAGUUUUGUUGUAUCGCAAGUAUAAUGUGGAGCUACUUGAUACUGACAUGCCCAUAAAAUAUCGAAAUAUAUUCCUUAAUACUUGUCUUGGAGCUAGUGUUAAAUUGACACCAAAGAAAUAG